UCUUCGAAAGGGCUAUUAACAUUCACUUUUACCAUUUAGUGUGAGCAACCAUGCUGAGCUAGUAAUGUAUUCAUUCAUUCAUUGUAGUAUAUAGACAUUAUAGUCUGAUUUACAAAUCUUGCUAUUGUCAGUGAUGCCACAUUAUGUCACUUUGCUGUUUUGUUUUUCAGGUAAUAAUACUGUUGGCCCAGGCUGCCAUGUCUACCCAUUCACCUUUCAGAUUCCAGAUCAGUAAGUUCUCUUUAAAAAAAAUUGUCUAAUCAACAUUUAGUAUAAAAGAAGGAACAUUAUUAUUACUUGUCCAGACUGCUUACUACAACGUGUUGUCAUGUUUUGCAGAGAUCUGCCAUCCUCCUUCAUAGACUCAAAAGGAAAGAUCCUGUACACGCUGGAGGCAAACCUGAGCAGGUCCAUGAGACUAGACUGUAAAGCUAAGGCGGAGUUCACUGUCGUCCACAAAGCAAACCUGAAGAGCGAUCCGUUGCUGAUGACUCCACAGCACAGUUUCACUGAUAAGAAAAUGAAGCUCUUUACAUCAGGGACAGUAGGCAUGGAUGUAAAUAUUGAGCGAACAGGCUUCCACCAAGGGGAAGGCAUAAAGGUUGUGGCCUCCAUUCAGAACAAAUCAUCUCGUGACAUUAAGCCCAAGUACUGUUUGUAUAGGAAGUACAGCUACUUUGCAAAGGGGAAGAGGAAAGUCGAAACCAAAGACAUCCUGAAAGAGGUGGGUGAAGUCAUCCCACCUUCUGCGGAUCAGACUGUCACCAGGAUCAUCACCAUCCCCCCCACCACAUGUGCAUCCAUCUUGAACUGCAACAUCAUCAAAGCAGAGUACAGGCUCAGGGUCUAUCUGGAUGUUAAGUAUGCUUUAGAUCCUGAGAUCAAGUUCCCCAUAGUCAUCCUGCCAGCUUUACAGGGUCCAGAUGAGGAGCAGCCAUUACAGUAAUGUUGGUAUGACUGGAUCUCAUGUAGUUUUUUAAACAGAAAUCAUUACUGGAGAAUGAUUUGAAAGUUUCACUCUCAAUAUUCACUCUUUAUAGUAACUCUUUGUUGUAUCACUGCUCAGUUCCUCUAUCCUCUAUCUUCUUGUACUUUUAGUAUAAUGACAAUAAAGGGAAUUCUAUCUAUUCUAUGUGAUUGCCAGUAAAUUAUUUUCUUCACUUUAUUUCAUGG